AUGGGCAGACCUGUUAGCCUAGCGCGGCUUUGGGGCAUGGUUCGGGCGGGCCUGCCACAUGCAUGCCGCAUUGUGGCUGGUGUGCAGCCCGAUAGAAAUAAACCAUGGUUUUUACUCGCUAGGCUGGGAUGGAUUGGCCCAAUUAAGACCCAUGGCACUCCAUCUGCCAAAGAGUCCCUCAUCUACAGUUACCAGAGGAGUUUCAAUGGAUUUGCAGCCAAGCUAACAGAUGAAGAAGCUGCAAGGCUUUCAGAAAUGGAAGGAGUCAUUUCAGUGAUGCCAAAUCACAUGCUACAACUGCAUACUACCAGGUCCUGGGAAUUCAUGGGUCUCGGUCAAGGCAAUCAUGGAGGUUCUGAGGGAGACGUCAUCGUUGCUCUUUUAGACACUGGUAAAGAUAUGGGUGUUUGGCCAGAAGCUGAUAGCUUCAACGACAAAGGUUUUGGCCCUCCACCAGCUAAAUGGAAUGGGACAUGCCAAGGCCAAAAUUUCACCUGCAACAACAAGCUCAUUGGAGCAAGGUUCUACAACAGCAUGAACUACUAUGAUAUUACGGACUUCAAAUCCCCUAGAGACUCCAUAGGACAUGGUACCCAUACUGCCUCGACCGCGGCCGGUCGGGAGGUCACCGGAGCAAGCUACCUGGGGCUAGCUCAAGGUGUAGCAAGAGGAGGAGUGCCCAAUGCAAGGAUUGCAGUUUACAAAGUCUGCUGGUCUUUUGGGUGUGCACUUGCAGAUAUUCUUGCAGGAUUUGAUGAUGCAAUUGCAGAUGCUGGAAAUUCGGGUCCUUGGCCCGUGUCAGUCUCCAACUUUGCACCUUGGUCUCUUACUGUUGCUGCCAGCACCAUUGACAGAAGAUUUGUUGCUCAGGUGGUGCUUGGCAAUGGACAAGUUUUCACAGGAAUGUCUGUUAAUAGUUUCGACCUCAACGGGACCUCGUAUCCAUUGAUCUGGGGAGGAGAUGCAGUUAACUAUACAAUUGGUUCUAAUCCUGAUAUUUCAAGCUAUUGCGUAACUGGUGCUAUGAAUUCUUAUAUAGUGAAAGGAAAAAUUGUUUUCUGUGAAACCCUUUGGGAUGGUUCUGGCAUUCUUAUGGCUAAUGGUGUGGGUACUAUAAUGGCUGAUUCAGUCUUCUCCGAUUUUGCCUUCAAUUAUCCAUUGCCAGCAACAUUGAUCAGCACAGAAGAUGGUGUCAGAGUUUUGGAUUACAUUAGAACAUCAGACAAUCCGAUUGCAACAAUUCUGGUUACUGAUCCAUGGAAGGAUAUCACGGCUCCUAUGGUUGUUUCGUUCUCCUCCAGAGGACCCAGCCCUUUCUCCCCCGACAUUCUCAAGCCUGAUAUCACUGCCCCUGGUGUGGACAUACUUGCUGCCUGGUCUCCUGUGGCACCACCUUCCAUCUACUGGGAUGACACUAGAAGUGUCAAAUACAACAUAAUCUCCGGCACCUCCAUGUCUUGCCCUCAUGCUAGUGGUGCCGCUGCUCUCGUAAAGGCUAACCACCCCAAUUGGUCUCCUGCUGCCAUCAAGUCCGCUCUCAUGACAACUGCAACUGUAAUUGAUCCAAGGAAGCAUGAGGACCUUGAAUUCGCUUAUGGUUCUGGUCAGAUCGACCCACUUGCUGCAGUGAACCCUGGGCUUGUCUUUGAUGCCUCCGAGGUAGAUUACAUUAACUUCCUCUGCAAGCAGGGCUAUAACACAACCACCCUCCGACUUGUCACCGGGGACAACAGUGUAUGCAACAGUACAGAGCCUGGGAGAGCUUGGGAUCUUAACUAUCCGUCGUUCUCACUGUACGUGGAAGACGGUCAGCAGAUCGCCGGUGUCUUCACAAGGACAGUGACCAAUGUAGGUGCUGCAGACUCAACUUACACAGCUAUCAUGCACAUGCCUCCAACUAUAAAUGUUUCGGUGGAGCCAUCAACCUUGUCAUUCUCUGCUCUUGGAGAGACAAAAUCGUUCACAGUGAAGGUCACUGGCCCGACCAUUUCACAGCAGCCGAUCAUCUCGGGUGCCAUUACAUGGCAAUCUGGAGUCUAUUCUGUGAGAACACCACUUGUGGUUUACAACUACAUCCCUGGGGCUCCCUAUAACCUUGACUCCGCCCAGACCCUCUCCAUGACUGAGAAGAAGCCAACUUUCAGAGGUUCUUCCGUAUAUCACAAAAAUGGAAUUUUUGGACGCAACUAA